CAUGAGUACAUUAUUUCUAUAUGAAGAUGGACAUGGCAAUGUUAUUGAAGAGAAUGGUGGUCCUGAGCCCAUAGACUACAUUGUUGAUCAGGAUGAAUUCAUUGUUAAGACUAUUGUUACUCAUAUAAAGUACUUGGGAAAUGCAGUCCCCAGUGACUUGUCCAAUGUUGUUAGAAAAGCCAAAAAAUGAAAAUAUUCAAAUUAAGGAGGCAAAACCAAAGCGAGAAUAUGUACGUUAUAAAGUCCAGGAUAAACUUACGAUUUUCGAUCUGAAGAUUGAAAAGUGUAUGGCUGCAUCAGCUACAGCAAAGCAGUUAGGCAUUCACCCUCGAACAGCUCAUGGAUGGGUUAGCCAGUAUAAUGCGUGCCCUGACAGUAUUUUUGAGAGCUGUAAAAAACGUAGUUCGUAAGUGCAUCUUAACUAAAGAACAUAAAACGACUGUGAUCAACUUCAUUGAUCCUAAUUCCUCUGCUACUGUUGUUGAAGUGAUCGAGCAUUUAUUGAAGGGAUUUCAUGAUCUUAAAGUAUUACGCAGCACUGCUAAUAACUUUAUGAGACGUGAAUGCAACCUUUCGUUGAAAAAAAAGCAGAUUUUCAUUCUAUUGAGAGAAACUAAUGUAGUGGCCAGUGACAGUUCCUG